AUGGGUACUAUAAUGAUGUGGAUGAGCUUGGUGAUCAUGAUCGUGGCGGCUAUGAUAGGAGGAGGAUGUGGGGCACGAGUAUACAAGGUUGGAGAGAACGGAGGAGGAUGGACAGUUUACAAGGACCGCGAGUACUAUCACCAGUGGACAGAAGAUAAGCACUUGUUCGUGGGCGACUCUUUGGUCUUCGAAUACGAUAAGAUCACGAGCUUCUUCGACUUCAACGACGACGACGUCACAGAGGUUACAGGUCGUCUGGAAUUCGAGUACUGCGACCCAACUUCAGCUAAAGCCGUGCACAAGACGGGACACGAUAUUGUGACCUUCACGGAACCCGGGAUCCAUUACUUUAUCAACUCAGCGCCAGGGCGGUGCUACGCUGGACAAAAACUUCGAGUAUUCGUCCUCUCGGAUCCAUCAUGUCAAUCCAACAUCCCCAAGCCGAUCAAUGUUCCGAGCAGUGGGAAGGUCUAUAAGGUCGGAGACUCCAAUGGAUGGACGGCUAAGGCCGAUCCUAUGUGGUAUGAGGGCAAACACUUUGAGGUCGGAUUUGGACAACGUUGUACGAGUGGUAGUCUUGAGGUCCAGUUCUGCGACGCCUCUUCUCCUUUGGCCGUUUACAACACGGGUUACGAUAUAGUCAAGCUCACUCGCCCGGGCUCUUAUUACUUUAUCAGCUCCAAACCUGGUCUUUGUGCCGCUGGACUCCAACUCGAUGUCUUGGUCACACCUAAAGACUCACCAAAUCAAGCAAAUCUCCGAUCUUCGCUACCACAGAAUUAA